AUGGCAUUCCCACCCGCGAAUCACCAACCAGAGGAUCUCAGCGAUACCUCGUCCGUGUCAGAUCCUCUUGAUACUCGUAAUGACGAAGGUUGGGAAGAUGUUGAGCAAGACGAGGAAUCCAUCACCGUUGUGUCUCUUUUUGACGAUCGAACAUUCCCCAAUGCCAGGGAUAUGCUCGAAUACUGCCGUGACAACCAUGGAUUUGAUAUCUGGAAAUUAAGGCAAGGACUCGACCUCGACUUCCUUGACUUGAUCAGGCUUGUCAAUUACGUUCGUUCAUCCGCCAAGGCUAGCAAUAAUCAGCCCGAUCUCUCGUCCAAAUCAUUAUUUGAGGAUGAGAAAUAUCUCAAACCAGUUCUUGAAGACGAUGCCUUGCUCUUCAGCCUUGACGACGUGUUCGAGGAUUCUGCAAGUGGGACUGGUGCAGCAACAGAAGUCGAGCGGCUGCGAGAGCAGCUUGCGUCGUUGCAGUCCCAGUUUACGGCAUAUCGGGAGCAGGUCCAGAACGCAAUGCUGGACCGUUUCGAGGAUCCAAAUGCCGCCGUGGAAUCAAGAUUGAAAUCGGCGACUGGACAGAAUGCAGGCGAAAGCUCCAAACAAGAAGCAUCAGAAAACAUAGAGAAAGGAUACUUCGAGUCCUACUCCUACAAUGCGAUUCAUGAAUCGAUGAUCAAGGACACAAUUCGAACUGAUGCUUAUCGAGAUUUCAUUUAUGAUCACAAGGAUCUUUUCAAAGAUAAAAUCGUCCUCGAUGUCGGCUGCGGUACGGGGAUUUUGAGCAUGUUCUGCGCCAAAGCAGGCGCAAAAUCUGUCAUCGCAGUUGACAAUUCUGCAAUAAUUGACAAGGCGCGUGAGAAUGUGUUCUGCAAUGGUUUGCAGGAUAAGGUGAAGUGUUUGAGAGGCAAGAUUGAAGAAGUUCAGCUCCCAGUUUCAAAGGUGGAUAUCAUUAUUAGUGAAUGGAUGGGCUAUGGUCUGCUCUACGAGUCCAUGUUUGAUAGCGUGAUCUAUGCGAGGGAUAGGUAUCUCGCAGAAGAUGGCCUUAUGGUGCCAUCUUAUGCUGCUCUCAGAAUUGCGCCUUUGGCAGACUCGGAUCUCAAAGCUAGUCAUAUCGACUUCUGGCGCGAUGUGUAUGGAUUCGACAUGACGGCGAUGCUGGAAAAAGCAAAUGAAGAAGCCCUAAUACGGGUUGUAGACGAGAAGGAACUUGCAGCCGAGAGUGUCGCGUUCCUGGAGCUUGAUCUCCACUUCACUCAGGUUGGAGAUCUGGUCUUCACAAAGCCUUUCAAUGUGAAGUGGAAAGAAGGCUUCAAAAAGUUCGAAGGCUUUGUGGCUUGGUUUGACAUCAUAUUUGGUACGUCCAACUCCCAGAUUAUCAAGCCAGGAACGACAGCAAAGGAAGCCAAGGAUCAGGGCCUUGCAGCGUUUUCGACCGGUCCAUACUCCAAAGCGACUCAUUGGCAGCAGACGGUUUUCCUCAUUGAGAACUCUCAGGAUGAGCUGGUAGCUGGUGAAGAAGUCAGUGGGAAUGUGACAUAUGUCAAGAAAGAGGGAAAAGAGCGCAGUCUUGAUAUUGAGAUCUCAUGGGCGAAAGGCAAUGACAAGGUGAAAAAGCAGCUUUGGGUGCUGGAUUGA